CCUGUCAAAAUUCUUUAAUAAAGCCAUUCUAUCUCAAAACAUGCCACUACUUUUUCAAGGCCUAUCAAAAUCAACGCCUAAUCAAGAGCUUGCGUCUACGCAUAAAAUCUUAAGGCAGUCCGGCAAAUAUUUUAGCAGGACUAGAAUAAACGCUGGAUCAGAAAAAGUCUUAAGAAUCAUUAAAGAACCCCCGAAACCAGUGAAAGGAAAAUUAACACAUCUUGCCACACCUUUGGGUGAUCCUAAAGGGGGCCUGCACUUGCAAGAUACGAAGAUUCCGAAGUGGAGGAGCUUCAAGACUCACAUUAGCCAGCUUGCACGCAUGUAUACCCCUUACAAGCAGCAGUUGAAGUUAAAUUCAAAAUCAAAGAGAAUUGUCCCUAGAGUGAGGGGAAAGCAAUUUAGUGAGCGGAGGAAGAUUAAUAAUAAGAAAUUUUUUCCAAUUAAGUCAACUAAAACCAAAAAAUACAAGAUCAAACCGCUAACUAUUCGUCCGGUACCUACAGCAAGGUUACCUGUCUUAGGACUUAAACAGUUUCUUAAUGGACUAAUUAGCAGAUAUGUCUUUACUAAAAAACAGUCCAAAAAUCUUAAGAAAAGAAGUCAAUUUCAUCGAAAGCCUAAGAAAAUGUACAAGAGGGACAUCAUAAACAAAUCGAAACUCUUCAAAUUAUCCUUACAACAUCAAAAACAAAGGAGAAAUGAAAUCGAAAAUAAACUGAUUGAAGUGGUUCCAGUUCUGCGGGAGCUGGGUGAGUUUAAAGGUAUAAGAAAUCCUAAAAAGAUGACGAAAAAAAUGCACAGAACGAUUUUAAAGAAGUUAUCCCGAAGCGCCAUUAAUUUGCAAACCGAGUACAGAGAUCUAUUAAAGUACAAGUUUCAAAAAAGAGCAAUAAAACGCGAAAAACCAUCAUUUCCUGAACCAUCGAAGACACUAGCAAAGAGCAACAGAACAAAGGAAGUUAAGAUGACAAAAUCCCGGUACAAAGGAUUUCAUUUUAAGCUAGGCAAAGGACUAAAAGUCUACGAUUAUGGUUUCAAGCAUCUCAAGAGGGGGAAAGUUUCAAAACAAGACGCUAUCAAUGAUUCCAGAACACACUCACCAAGGGAGGCAGAAAUUAUUUCUAACCGCAAAGCCUUCCGUACUAUGGACAAGAAUCUGAGGACUUUCACUAGAGAAACUGCUACUAACAUAUUCCUUAACGUAAACAGACUCAGUGACAAGAAAAUUAGCUCAAAGUCAGAACUUUUAGAGCAACUAAAUCGAUUAGAGACUUUAAGACAUAUGAAGAGUGAACACUUUGAUUACUUUGAGGAAUCUGUUUCGCCGUUGGGCUAUGAGAUUUCUGAAAAAUUAAAUAGAACAUUUGCGUCGAUUAAAAGAAUAAAUCAGUCCAGGGCGAAUGCAGCACAGUUGAUUUCAGACGGCAGAGAUUCGCCCUUCGACUUCUUGACUUACGAUGAUUAUCAAGUAAAUGUUGUUCCCUUGGCCGAAGAGAAACUACAACCCCUUAAUCAUCGAAGAAAGAAACGCUCUAAAAGAUUUUUCGUUCCCCAAUCUGACGCAGGUACACAGACUGAAAACGAGUGUGAAAUUUGCAAUACUAUGCAAAAAUAUAAGAAAGAAAAAAUAUCACCUUUGGUUAUGGAAAUGGCAAUGAAAAGAAAUUUCUUGAAUCAACGACAAUAUUACAUGGAUAAUCUUAAGAACAGAAAAUGUAAAGCUCCAGAUGUUUCUGGAAAAAGGGAAUCGAUCUCCAAAACUAAAUCCAGUCAAAGCGAUUAUUACCCGCAACACAGAAAUGUGUGCGUUAACAAAGAUACCCAUUUUUAUUCUCGUUACCCCAAAAUCAUUUCCGAAACCUAUGAGAACCUUAAAUCUCCCCUCCGGUUUGAUAACUACACACAAGAAAUUUUUAGGGCUUACAAGGCACUCAAUGUGACAAAAAUACUAUCACGAUGUUAUCACACACUUUUUGAAGCCGAGCAACGAAUGAACGGAAUAUUUUCUAAUAUCUUUGAUACUUAACAGAACAUUUGUCGACCAUGAAGUAUGUGAAUCUUCUACAAAUGUACUAAAUCAAUGAAAAGCAGAAAUGAGCAUUUGACUGUAUAUAACGUAUUCGAGAUAACUAAUUAAAUAAGAAAUUAGCAUUCUCUUUGUUUGGAUAAACCAAUUGAAAAUGAGCUCUGUGUUUAAUUCGUAGAAGUGACAGGAGUGAACACAGAGUUCAUUUUAGAUGAAUUCAAGGAAAUGAACGCUUAUUUCUAUUAUAAUUUCACCUA